AUGGGUGUAGAACGAGAUUUACCUCGAAUAUUGUGGUUAUUUUAUAUCGGUGUUAGUUUAAUGACUUUAGUGUCAAAUGUACAGUCAUAUAGUAUCAAUGAAACAGUACGAUCGUCGCCUUCAACUCCUACGUAUUGCAAUGGAAGUUGUAUAACGAAUGUAUUGACAUGUGAGAUCAAGGCCAAUUUUUGUUAUAUCGAAGGAGAAUGUUAUGAAGCAAAUCAGGCACGUCUUAAUGACAGUUUGUCGUGUUUGCAAUGUCAACCAAAUAUAGACCAACGAAAUUGGCGAUUCAACAAGGAUUGUUCAGCAGGGGAAAAAUGUGUUAAUCCAAUGUUUCUUGCUUCGAAUGUAUGUCCACCGGAGAUUAUUCAAGCUUUCUACAUGAAACCGACAGACGCGACUUUUACUUUCUACAAUUUCGAAGCAUGCAGUCGAGACAGAAGUCGAUGUCAAGAAGGCUUUUUCAUUUCGACGAAUGACAGCAAAACCUACGCGUGUUGUCCGGGUUAUUUCUGUCCUGAAGGACAAACUUGUAUGAUACCAUGUCGGAAAGGUGGUUAUUGUCCUGGCGAAUUGUCUGCAAGUAACGGUACUUGUCGAACACCAGUAAAUUGUCCUGAAAACCGACCUAAACAGUACGGUGCUUUUGGAUGUGGUGGUUCGUAUUUCGAAGGCUUUUGUCCUAACGGAACGUAUUGUCCGUCAUCCGCGCAAAGCAUUCGCUGUAAAAAUGGUUCAGAAUUUUGCCCGACAGGAGUCGCAAAACCUCUGUCUUGCCCAACAGCAUUCGUUUGUUUGGAUGGUCGAGCUCGACGAACACGGGUUAUUACUAGUGUUCUUAUCUCUGUCGUUGUUAUUAUUAUUGCUUUAGCCAUUUGUGUCAAAGUAUAUGAGUGGAUGACUCUAGGAAAACAGUGGUUUGGCAAGCAUAAAUUGAAUGAUCCACCUGGUGUUAGCGAUUAUUUUCGAAAAGCAAUGCAAUCUGAUAAUUCACCACAAAAGUACAUUGAACUUCAUAUUCAUUUAGACAAAGCGCGGCUUCGGAAUGUGACUCGUUUUGAUCCCGAGCGUAACGAAGGGUUUACUGGCCGUAUAGCUGCUGGUAAAAUCACGGCAUUGAUGGGCGGAUCCGGUUGUGGUAAAAGUAGUUUAUUAGAAACUAUUCAUGGUCGACGUCAAUUAAGGAAAGAUGGAUCGAUUACGUUUGCUGAUCAUCAGCCACUGUCGAAUAUUUUAACAGAUUAUAUUGGCUAUGUCCCACAAGCUGACAUUAUGCACAACGAUCUGACUGUUUUCGAAACAGUUUAUUACUCUGCUCGUGCUCGACGAUUGAAUGAAUCCAAACAGAUAUUAGUCAAUGAUGUCUGCUUCGUUUUGAGUAAACUUGGCUUAGGAUCAAUGCAUAACAAUUUCACUAAAACACUGUCAGGUGGUCAACGCAAACGUGUCAAUGUCGCAAUCGAAAUAGUUGCUUGUCCAAAGGUGAUACUACUCGACGAACCAACAUCGGGUCUCGACACAAGUUCUUGUGAUGAUCUUUUCGAUCUCUUGCAACUAAUCAAAUUCAGUGCUGCAGGACCAGUCACUAUCAUAACCGUUAUUCAUCAACCAAGUUUCGAAUUAUUUCAGAAGAUAGAUCAAGUAUUCUUCUUAACACCGCUAUGCUGUUUAGCGUAUCAAGGUCCGCGACCGAAUGCAAAAGAUUACUUGAAACAGAAACUCUUUCGCGAUCAGCAAUCAAUACCUCCAACUCGACACAAUGAUUGCGAUACUUGUUUUAUGAUGUUAACUAAUGCGCGAGAUCAUGUUGAAAAUCAUCGAAUUCCUGAUCAACGGACGAGUCAAUCCCUUACAACUUAUUCGUGGCUACAACGAUUUUGGUAUCCGUUUUUCUAUGUUCUAUGUCGCUCAACAAGACAAAUUUAUGUUCGUGGCAUCGUUGCUGAAGCUGCUUACAUGUUCGCUUACUUUCUACUAGGAACGUGUGUUGGCUUCUUAUUCGAAAAUAAAUUCCAAGCAACAUGUGAUAUGACAAAGUUAACAACAAUUUAUUUUUUGAUUACUCUCUCCUUUGGUAUUCUGACUUGCAUAUCCAGUCAACGACUUUUCGGUGUCGAAAUUACCGAUCAAACAUUUGAACGUGAAAGUCGCAACUAUUACCAUCCAUUUCAAUAUUGGCUAGCGAAAAGUUUAGUGGAUAUUUUUCGAAUGGUCAUCUAUCCAUUAUUAUUUCUCAGUAUGCUCUAUAUCGAAAUCGUUCCGCGUGGCUCGUUCUCAUUCUAUUUCUUUGUCAUGGUUCUUUGUUCGUUUGUUUGUUCGGGUAUUGGUCAAUUAGUAUCGGUGAUUUUCGAUCGAACAGAAUAUGCAUAUCUCGCCGGAACAAUCUUCGCUCUGUUAUCAUGUCUUCUGUCGGGAUUUAGUCCGACAAAGGAUGAACUGAAACAAGGUGGUUUUAUUGUUUUUUGUUCAUUUUCGCGACAUGUGCAAAGUUUAUUGUUUCGACAUGAAUCGAAACUUUAUCUGGAAGCAUCGGAAUUCGAGGAUCAUAUAUGGGGAACGUCGGUUGAAGGUAUUCAUAAGAAUUUCGACUUCAAUAAUGGGGAAUAUCCGCGCUUAUGUAUGAUUUUCAUUGGAUUUCUUUUGCGUGCAUUGACAUUUGCUUUUCUCUAUGGCAAAUCAGAAUAUCGUUCGAAAGCUCGCUUCUACGUGACGAAUCUUCUACCCAAUUUGAAAAGUCUUCUUACAUGUGAAUCACGUCGAGAUCGUCCUUUCAAGCAGCAAGCCAAUACGCAUGAACUUUCUAUACGCAACAUGGAUGAGAGCUCCUUCUAA